AGCGUGCUGAAGGGCUGGAGCCCCAAUUUCUCCUCGCCAAGGCUGGCCGCCUGCUGUCACUCGAGCAGGCUGGCGGGGAAGGGACCCGCACACCGACUUUGUUGUGGAAAUCCCGGUUACCUGGCUAAAAACCCACACCAUGGAUAACUUAUUGGACUUUGCCUGAAAGGAGUCAUUAGUACCAUUGGAUAUUUGACCAUCUUGGCCACAGGUUUUUUCAGAAUGAAUGGAAGGUCAUGCAGCAUGAAUCUCCACCGGAUAUCAGGAACCCCACAGGGGCCUGGGAUGGUCAGUGGCCAACACAUUCCUACCAUCCGAGCCCACUCGGGGACUCCUGGGCCCUCGUCCUGUGGUAUCACACCAAGUCUCCAUCUCAAGAUACCUUCGGGAGGAGGGAUGGUUCCUCAGAGCAACAUGGCUGAGAGCCCCAUCCAUCUGCCCGCCUUGAGUCCCAGGAGACAAGUGCUCACCAAUGGGAAGUCACGAUUCCAGGUCAUUCAGGCCGGAGGCUUGUCAGGGCCACACACUUUAAAGCCAAAGCAGCAGGAGUUUGGAAGUCCUUUUCCUCCAAAUCCUGGGAAAGGGGCUCUUGGCUUUGGGCCUCAGUGCAAGUCCAUUGGAAAAGGCAGCUGCAACAAUCUAGUGGUCACCAGCAGCCCCAUGAUGGUUCAGCGACUGGGACCCAUUUCACCUCCAGCAAGCCAGGUCUCUACAGCAUGCAACCAGAUCAGUCCUAGCUUACAGAGGGCAAUGAAUGCAGCCAACCUGAAUAUACCUCCUUCAGAUACCAGGUCCCUUAUUUCACGUGAGUCUUUGGCAUCCUCGACUUUGAGCCUGACAGAAAGUCAGUCCGCUUUGAGCGUGAAACAAGAGUGGUCUCACGGCUACAGGGCUCUCCCGGCACUCUCCGCCAGUCACAGCUCUCAGAAUGGCAUCGAUCUAGGGGACCACCUCAGCCUCCCUCCUGGGACAGCCAUGUCCAACAACAGUGUGUCUAACUCAUUGCCCUCCUACCUUUUUGGCAUGGAAAAUAGCCACUCUCCUUACUCUAGUCCCCGACACUCUUCAGCCAGAUCUCACUCAGCCCGCUCCAAGAAGAGAGCACUUUCCUUGUCCCCGUUGUCCGAUGGCAUUGGGAUAGACUUCAAUACCAUCAUUCGUACCUCUCCCACGUCCUUGGUUGCCUACAUCAAUGGGUCGAGGGCUUCCCCGGCCAACAUGUCGCCGCAGCCUGAGGUCUAUGGGCAUUUCCUGGGAGUGCGCGGUAGCUGCAUCCCCCAGCCGUGUUCUGUGCCUAAUGGCCAGAAGGGUGUACGGGUGGCCAGCGGUGGCCUGGCACUCCCGGCCUAUGGGGAGGACAGCACGCUGGAGUAUGAGCGCAUGCAGCAGCUGGAACACGGCGGCCUUCAGCCUGGUGUGGUCAACAACAUGGUGGUGCAGCAUGGCCUGCCAGGCUCCGAUGGCCAGCCAGCCGGCCUGCUGAAGACAGAGCGCCUGGAUGAUUUCCCCAGUGCAGCUCUAGAUCUGCCCCCUGCGCCUCCUCUGCCACCACUGCCCCAAGGCCCUCCACCCCCCUACCACGCCCAUCCGCACCUGCACCACCAGGAGCUGGUCCCCCAUGCCCAGACGCUGGCCCUGUCCCAGACUACCUUGGAGGAGGAUGGGGAGAUGGACGACCUCGGGGGCAAGCACUGCUGUCGCUGGAUCGACUGCAGCGCCUUGUAUGACCAGCAGGAGGAACUCGUGCGGCAUAUCGAGAAGGUACACAUAGACCAGCGCAAAGGGGAAGACUUCACUUGCUUCUGGGCAGGGUGUCCUCGAAGGUACAAGCCAUUCAAUGCCCGCUAUAAACUGCUGAUCCAUAUGAGAGUCCACUCCGGAGAGAAGCCUAACAAGUGUACGUUUGAAGGUUGCAAGAAGGCAUUUUCAAGGCUAGAAAAUCUCAAGAUUCACUUGCGGAGUCACACUGGCGAGAAGCCAUAUUUGUGCCAGCACCCAGGCUGUCAGAAGGCGUUCAGUAACUCCAGUGACCGCGCCAAACACCAGAGGACGCAUUUGGACACUAAACCUUAUGCUUGUCAAAUUCCAGGAUGCACCAAGCGCUACACAGACCCAAGUUCCCUGAGAAAGCAUGUGAAGGCACAUUCUUCCAAAGAUCAACAAGCAAGGAAAAAGUUGCGGUCCAGCGCAGAGCUCCAUCCUGACCUGCUCACGGAUUGCCUCACUGUGCAGCCUCUGCAGCCGGCCCCUUCCCCACGAGACGCUGCUGCCGACGGGGCAGUGGAAUGCUCCCCGGGGCCUGGGCCUGACCUCUAUCCAGCUUCCAUGUUCUCCAGCAAUCACUCAAGCCGAAGCGGAACAGCUGCUGGGGCCGUGCCACCCCCACAUCCUGUCAGUCACCCUUCUCCGGGACAUAAUGUACAGGGGAGCCCCCAUAACCCCUCCUCCCAGUUACCGCCACUCACAGCUGUGGACGCGGGAGCUGAGAGGUUUGCACCUUCUGCUCCAUCUCCUCACCACAUCAGUCCUCGGAGAGUUUCAGCUCCUUCUUCAAUAAUGCAGAGAACGCAGCCUCCCCAUGCCCAGCAGCCCUCAGGAUCACACCUGAAGUCCUAUCAGCCAGAAACAAGCUCUUCUUUUCAACCAAAUGGAAUCCACGUCCAUGGAUUUUACGGGCAGCUGCAGACAUUCUGCCCCCCACACUACCCGGACUCCCAGAGAACCGUGCCUCCCAGCAGCUCCUGCAGUGUGGUGCCUUCCUUUGAGGACUACCUGGUCCCCACGUCCAUGGGCCAGGCUGGCUUUGAUGUUUUCCACAGAGCCUUCUCGACUCACUCGGGCAUUACAGUGUAUGAUUUGCCUUCGGGUUCCUCAAGCCUCUUUGGAGAGUCCAUUCGUGGUGGGCCUGAAGACCCCACAUUCUUGCAAAUCAGCGCUGUGGACCGCUGUCCUAGCCAGCUCUCCUCCGUCUAUACUGAAGGCUAAAUGUUCCCCUGGCCUCCACCACCACUGGCAUGCAGAACCUUUCAGUUGCUUGCCACCUGUUGUGCUCGCACCCUCAUAGACUGCAUGAAAAGUAUGUCGACCAAGUCAGCAGAACCUGCAAAGUCACGGAUGUGCUUCAGAAGGCAGGACUGGUUGGUCAUAGCUGGGCUUCGCAGGAAUGUCUGCAUUUGCUCCUUUUCCUCUCUUGGUUCGCUGGUGACAGCAGGACUGUCUUUCCAAAGGGAAUUGAGACUCACUCUACCGGAUACCUGUUACUUCCUGGCUGUCAGCUGUCAGAGGACACCAAUGAAGUGAUGUGCUUGUGAAAACGUAGUUUGGGAAUCACCCUUGCCCAACACCCUGAAUAGAGAAGGACAACACGAAUUGCCAGAAGCACAGUGAACUGCCUCGGCCCGUGCUCAUCCUCACCGCUAGCUGCUGCCAAGCCAGGCACCAAGGAAACCCAGGUCCCACAGCACAGAGUGGGCUCCACCCUUGGGGAAACCCCAGGUUUCCAGCACCAGCCUGGCAUUUCAGUGAGCUGGCUGCCUCCCUCUGUCCUUUUACGUAUCCCCACGCUAACCAAUUGCUUUUCAGUGUUUCUCCGAAAGCAAAAUAAGAAGGUUCUGUCAAGUAGUCUUUUGAAAGGCACUACAGCUUGUUUUAUAUUUCAAAAACCUAUCUUAGUUCUUUCAUUUUUAAAGACUUGUUAUUUACACUUAUGUUAAAUGGAAAAAAAUAUUUAGGAGUCUGUCCUUUGGAUGCAAAAAUUAUUGUAAUCACCCCAGCCAGCUACCUACGUUUUUUGCCCCAGCUGUGCAGCUCCACCUGGCCACCCCUUGCAGCACCUGUGAGCACUCCUGGAAUGUUAGUUUUGCAUUAGCAAAGGCUACCUGAGGGAAACAGGGUGGGCACACCCUCUUCCCAGUGCUGGAGCAGGAACCCUAGAGGGGUAACUCUCCAGCAACUCCACCUCAAAGACCUUGUUCAAAGCACAAGGUCGAGACCUGCUCCCCAUUGCUUCUUCUCUGGUGCUCUCCCAGAGACACGCUAGGAGGUGUGAGCACAGGGACACACUGAGUUACGUCCCUUGGUUUUCUUGAAAACCAAACUAGAGAUGCCCUAUAUCCAGUUAUUUUGCACAGCCUCUGCUCACCUCCCUCAGGAGAUCCACCAUCUGACUGUCUGUCUCCCCCUGGCACUUUUCUCCCCCCUUUUGCAUUGUUCUCUCCCUCUUCCUGACUGUGGCUCAGACCUGCCCACCACCCACCAUUGUCUGAUCCUCCACUCUUAGCCCGGUCUGACCUAAGGCAGGCAGAGGAAACAGUUCUGGGAAGGUGGGCAAAAGAAGACAACCAUUUUUCCCUGGUUUGAGGGCCUGGGAUUUUCACAGAGCACUUGGCCAGUUGAGAUAAAGCCUGAAGAUGAAGCCAUUUUCCAUGGCACCUUUACAGAGCUUUAAAACAAUCCCAAGUCCUAAGGCCUAGGCUAUAAAAAUUAGCCAGACCCCAAAGACCCCCAGUAAAUUAGGGCAUCCAGUACUGUCACAUUUCAUGCUUCCUUUUUGCUCUCUUUAAAAAUGUUUUCUGAACCAAAAUGAAACAGUGCUGUUUGUUAAACCGAAAUAAUUACAAUCUUCAACAAGACAAUUAAACAGCUUAGUGUCAGAGGUACCCAGUGAUAGCUGUGUCCUGACAGAUGGGUCCUUCUAGUCUGGCUGCGCAGUCAGUGGCAUUCUGCCUGCAUCUGGGCCUCAUUCAAACAUGUGGUGGAAUAAGGUGAAUAAAGAACCAAGUGUGGGUCCAUCUUUAUGUGCGCUGGGUCAGUCCAGUUUCUCUGUGAGCUCUGAUCUGAGGACAGCCAUCCCGUGCAGACGUCCAAGUCUAUGAAAGAAACAAGUUAUUCACUUGACAAAAAUAUGCUCUACUUUAUGAAAGGAUGCAUAUUAGGCUCCCUUUCUAAGUGAGCUCUCUCAGGCUGCAUGUAAAGUACCACCCUCCUUGCAGACUUUACGGGUGUAUCACUUGGCCUAAGCAAGGAUACAUGCAUGUGACACUAACAUCUCUCAUGUGUCACAAUCUGUAAAGAAAAGAAAGCUUUUUAGAGAGACCGUCUAUCCAUAAGCCUUUAUGAGGAACUCAAAAUGUAUUUCAUUUGUGUGGUGAGGAGGCAAAAGGGAAAAGGCAAGGUUUUUCUUGCAGCUGAUGUUGUCACCCCUGUCUUAUGGCUUUAGGUAAUUUGAAAUGGAAAGGGGAAAGGAAGACAAAGCCAAAAGCUGGAGGAGAUAAUGCUCCUGUGCCAGUCUCCGGUCUUAUCAUGGCUUCACAGGGGCCCCACCCCUCUCCUGCUUUGCUGUGGCUGGAGGGAGCCAGGCAGCAGCAGCCCCUGCAGGUCUGGCCCCUCAGGGGGCACUCUUGUUGGCAGAGGGAUCUCGCAGGGAGCGGGGCCCAGUGCUGCUGGCAAUGCUGAGAGCCCCUCACAUCCACUCAGUGUUUCCUGGUGGCUGCAGGCUUGAGCUUAAGGCCAGGUCAGGACACCCAGGUUCCUUCUCAACUAUUCAUGCUGCCUUUAGAUUCCAGAAUCUCGCUUCUCCUUAAAAUUUGUUUCUUGCAUUGCACAGGACUUAUAUAUGCUUUCAUUAUUAUGUUUUAGCAGUAAAGAUGGAAUGUUCAAAAAUUCAUUCCCUUCCAUUUCCUGGCCUUUUUAGUCUUUAUAUGUAACCAUUUUCACACACAUUCAAACAGAGAUUGUCAUCCCCCCUUUUUAAGUAAAAACGGGUGCCUAUGAAAAUACAUGCAGCCCAAAGCUAAUUAUCCUAUUACAUUAACAAAAAAUCAGUAUGCCUAGGGACAUUUCACUUACUGCAUUGUGUUGAUUCCCUAAAGGGACUGCAUCAAAGUGUCAGUUGUAAUUUAGCCUCCGAUCAGCUGUUAAAUAUUAUUUAAAUAUUUACUAAUCCUGUGGGGUCCCUUUACCUGUCUCCCCCAAGUUACAUGAUUCUAAAGUGGAGAGUAGGUCUUCAGUGGACCACCGCGUACUUUUCACUGAUAAAACCAAGUGUCGGUAUUCUGUUGCUUCUACAUGCCCAGCUGUCAGGCACAUUAGCGUGCUAGAACAGAGGUGGAUGCUCGUCUGCCCAAUCCAAGAACCUUGACUUUUCAGUUGCCUUGAAGUAUUGGGAAUAGUGAUUGUAAAUGUCCGAUUUAAUUAUUUGGUGUUUUAUUUGACUGUUUUGACCAUGUCAUUUUAUAGAAUUUUUUAAUGGCACUUUUUGUUGGUCAUAUGGAAUUUCUGCGGUUACACUUUUUUUUUUGCAAAGGAUAAAGCAAAAAAAAAACCACUCAUUGGAAAAAAUGGUGAGUGUAAAAAAGAAGAGAUUUAUUUUGUACAGACAGCAGAGCAUCCUGUGUAAUGUUGCUGACAUAAAGCACUUUGGGGGGAAAAGUGGAAAUCUGUUUUCCAUAAAUCACACAGACUCCUGUACAUAGUUAUAUACACUCACGUAGAGAAAUGAACUGCAUACAUCAUCCUGGAUGUGGGGCCGAUUUUACUCUAAGGGCACAUCUGGUGCUUAUUGUCAUAAAUCUUUUAAAGAAUUAGGUACACUUUUUUUCUAUUAAUAUGUAUAGUUUUGUGAUUUGUCACAGUUAUGUUUCAUAUAAUCAUAAGUUAUUUUGUCUUGUUUCAUGAAGCCCUUUUUUAUGUCAAAAGUAAAGUGAAGGGACUGUGCACUUGGUACAGAAUAAAACUGGAAAUAGAGGAUGUGCCCGCCCACCUGAAACCCUCCCUCAGCACGUCAUUUUAAAACACAAUGGCAACAACUGUUUUUUCGUUUGUUUGUUUUAUUAUUUUGUUUUGUUUUACCAUAAGCCUCCUUCAUAUCGGGAUGGUGAUGAUAAUUAAAAGCAGAUGGGGUGGGGGAGGGAGGGUCCAAGGCCAGCUUUAAAAUGCUGCAUUGCUUUGGGCCAGAGCUGCAGCCUGGAUUUAAUUAUAGAUAUGAGGACGAAAUGGCAGUAAAAAUGAAUGUGUCCCUGAAUCCUUUACAUGUUGGGAGUGUCCAUAAAUAAAACAUGAAGUUUUAUUUCAUCAGAUUUAAUUAAAGCUUUUAUACAUGU